GUUCAUGGUUGCCUCGGCGUCCCUCGUCAUCCCCAAGAAAACGCCAAGUUACAGAGCAAACGGCGUCGUUGACCUGUCACACGAAUGACAUCAGUCUCUCACAUGGCUACAUCGCUGUACUCAACAUGCAUUGCGUGUACAAUUCAAUCACACAAUUCACCGCUUCUUCUUCUUCAUCUUCUUCCAUAAGAUACAUCCCAGCCAGAUCCCGAUCCAAUCAAGCCACCGACGAUCGAGAUGCACGCGAAGACGGACUCCGAGGUGACUAGCCUCGCCCUCUCGUCGCCGCCGCGCUCGCCGCGGCGGCCGGUCUACUACGUCCAGAGCCCAUCGCGCGACUCCCACGACGGCGAGAAGACCGCCACAUCCUUCCACUCCACCCCGGCGCUCAGCCCCACCGCGUCGCCGCCGCGCCACUCCCACUCCUCGGUCGGCCCCCACUCGCGCGACUCCUCCUCCAGCCGCUUCUCCGGAUCUAUCAAGCCCGGACGCGGGCGGAAGAUCGCGGCGGCCGGAGCGGUCGUCGCGGAUGAGAAAGGGGCGGGGCAGGGGCGGAUCAAGAUCAAGGAGUUCGCCACGAUCGAGGAGGAGGGGCUGCUGGAGGAGGAAGACGAGCAGCUUGGGCUGCCGCGGCGGUGCUACUACUUGGCCUUCGUCCUCGGAUUCGCGGUGCUCUUCUCCUUCUUCGCCCUCAUUCUCUGGGGCGCCAGCAGAUCGCAGAAGCCUCGAGUCACCAUGAAGAGCAUUACGUUUGAAAACUUCAUAAUCCAAGCCGGCACCGACGCGUCGCUGGUCCCCACCGACAUGUCUACCCUCAACUCCACCGUCAGCUUCGCCUUCCGCAACACCGGAACCUUUUUCGGCGUCCACGUCAGCGCCACGUCCCUCCAGCUCGACUACAGCCAGCUCACUGUCGCCACCGGAGACAUGAAGAAUUUUUACCAGUCGAGGAAGAGCCAGCGAAACGUGGUGACGGUGGUGGAAGGGACGAAGGUGCCUUUGUACGGAGGCGGGCCGAUCCUCUCCGGCGCAUCUGGAAAGCCCAAUCAGCCGAACCGGAUCCCUUUAACUCUCAGCUUCGUGAUCAAGGCCAAGGCUUAUGUGCUGGGCCAGCUGGUAAAGCCCAGGUUCCACGUGGGCGUUGAGUGCCAGGUCAGCCUGGACCCCGCGAAGCUCGGCUCCCCUGUCUCCUUGAAGAACUCCUGUCAGUACAACUGAAAAAGCAGAAGCAAUAUAUUUAUAAUUUUGUAUUUUUUUUAUUUUAGUAGUAGCGACAAUAUAUUAUUAAUGCACUGCUUUAUUAUUUAUUUUUGUAAGCCAACCAAUUUAUUUAAUAUUGGUCUAUGAUAAAUUUUUGUUUGUCUGAUCAAA